CGAACAAACCAAACAAACAAGUUCAAUCGCUGCGGUGUUUUCUGCAUUUUAUGUUAGAUUUUCUUCUAGCGUAAAUCAUUUUGUUAGAAAUUAUUAUAAUAAAUCUCUUUAACGUUUUCCUCCAUGAAUGAAUUGUGAAGUGCGGCAGAAAAUGACACGACCGGCACGACUUUCGUUUGACAUCGACGACCUACUGGCGGACAUUCCAUCACUAAGGAUUUCCGCGCUCAGCCAUGCCGCCAGUGUAUCACCCAUAGUCAAGGGACGCACAAUCGGCCCGGACUGUAACGGGGACGAGGCAGACGAAAACAAGCGCAACUUGAGCAAUGGAACAUCGGAAAAAGGGUUGGCAUUUGUUCCGGACCUGACGGUAACGGUCAGCAAUCGAAAGGAAAGGUGGAGUGGGGAAGGUUUGACCGCAUCGCGACAUGUGGACAUCAGCGAUUGUCGAGCGAUUUCGUUUAAAAUGUUCGAGCAAGAACAGGAACGCAAACGGGUCGAGACUGUGAGGAAAGAACUCGAGCGGCGACAUGCACGGAUUCGGGAAUCCGACCGUUUGCGGGAUAUUGACCACCAGGAGCGAAUCAAUAAGGCUAAGGAAGAGGCGGCGAAAAAAGCACAGGAGGAGGAACAGAAGCUGCUGGAAGCGAUUCGUGAACACGACCGAAAGGCUAAGGAGUUCGAGGAACGGCAGAAGGCGGAAAUUGACGAAGAAAAUAAAAGAUUGGAAAAGAUUUCGCAGCAGCUGAAAAUGAAGCAGGAAGAAAUCAAACGGAAACAUGAGAUGUUUGACGCUAUUCGGGAACAACAUGCCAGCUUCCGGAAAAUGACCGAAGUUUUUACCAAGGCGCUGAUCAACAUCGAUAAAGAGUUUUCGGCUAAUUUUUCCAACCAGAAAAAAAUGGUGCAAGUUUUGGUGAAAUCUUUCGAACAGUUGCUUCACGGCAUUCAUGCCAGCCGGGAAGUUACCCAGCAGGAUAUUGAUAAAGCGAUCGAAUACUGUAAAUCGAUGGAACAGAACAAUGCGGAGGUGUUUGAUAUUAUGAAUCGAAUUCAGAAGGAAAUUGCCGAUCGAGUGAAGAAAGAGGAGGAACAGGUGCAGAAACAGGAACAGCAACAAGUUGCUGAAGUUACACCGGUGGCAGCUCCUGCUGCUUCAGAUACCACGGACACAACGGUGAAGGUGGCUCCGCAGCCAACGCCGAAUCAACCCCAUCCGCUGGCUGGGUUCGUAUCACAGGAAAGUUUCGCCUUUUACGCGGAGAUCAGGUCCUUCUACGAGCAGCAUCAAGCGGCCGUCAAGGCCUUGCUGGAUGAUGCCAGCAUGAAAACUUACCGUUUCAACUGUCAAAAGGUGAUCAACACUCCGGUGAAUGCGAUUUCCGCCGUUAGCCGGGAACAUUUCGUAGAUAAGUUUAACCGGCUGGAUGCACUGCUUGCCGGACAGCCGGUCAAGAGUGGCGAAGCGACUGUUUCGAUUAAUGGCCAUCCGCUCGGAAGGACCUACUGUACUAUGCUACUGGCGAAGAAGUUUGUGAGCCAAGCGGACACGAUGAUCUCGAGUAAUGCCCCAGCAGCCUUCCCAAUCGCAGCCAUCGUCGUUGGACUAUGGCAAAAGUAUCCGGAUUUCGGAAGGUUCUUCCUUGCCUACCUACACAAGGAGUGUCCCUACCUAGUACCGUAUUUCUUGCCACAGCUGGAGGGUCAAUCACAUGAGGACUACUUCAAGAGCAUUGGUUACCGUUACUCCGCCGAUGGAGCGCUUGAGAAGCAGGACCAAUACCUCAAGCGAAUGACCGGACUGGCUAGACUGUACUCCGCGGUGGUCGUAUCGAGUCCCCGACGUGGUGAAGCAACUCCUCAUCCGCACAGUUUGGACUGCGGCUGGAGAUGGUUGUGUAAUAUUUUGAACCUGCAACCGUUGCCGGAUAUCUGUGCUACUUUAAUUACGGAGUUUCUGCAGACGGCCGGUGCUUUACUGUGGGCCCACUAUGGGAAGCAGUUUACGAAACUGUUGCUGAUAAUACAGGGCCAGUAUUUACCAGCGUUGAACAAAGUUGACGAGGGAGGACCGAAGGCACGACUGGAAGGACUGAUUGCCAAGAUUACCUCCGAAGGGCGGAUUGAGCGACCGGAAGGAAUGUUAAGUCCGGACUUUUGGUAGUUUAAAUGGUUGAUGGAUGACACGUUGUGUAAAGUCUGUGUGACGUGAUUUGUUGCGAAAGUAAAUUAUUUAGAAAAGUA